AUGGAAGACUUGGAUGGCGCCAGCAACCUUAUCUCUGAUCUGCUGAAGAAGCUGUCCGAGCUAGACGAUAAGGUCGAUAAUUACCGCAAAGACAUGGCCGUCGAAUUCCAAAGGUAUUCUGAUGACCUUCUCCGAGACUUGCCCAGCGAGGUAACAUCCCAAGUCAACCGCGCCAUAACCGCUUCCAUGUCUGAAGGCAGAUACCGCAACCUGUUCCCCUCCGACAAGGAGAGACAUGUCUUUCUCGAACCUGAGUCACCAGCAAUAGAUCGUAAAAUGUGGGACGGCAAAGGCUCUCCGCCCCCCGUACUUCACCACACCUCUGGCGUUCCAAACACGUCCAGCACAGCCAAUGCCACCGCUGCUCGCGCCCUCGGCAGCAGCCCCAGAGACGGCGUACGCGAUCUCCAUGCGCGCGAAAAGGAAUUCCACGGCCUCUUUACGCCUUCAUACCUGCCGCUCCUCGAGGCCCCCGACAGAGCGCCUGGGGAACAACCUUCGACGACAACAAAUUCCGAUUCGCUGCCCCAGACAGAAGAAGCAAAAACAUCAUCUAAAGUGGCUGGAGGCGGCGGCGGGGUGGUACCAAGGUUUCCCCCAGUCCGAAGUUUCACCGAUCCCUCGGCAGAUUGCGGAUCGGGCGAAAGCGACAAAGAAAGAAACGCCCGGCGAAGUGCUCUACGCAGGUCUUCGAGUUCUAAUAGAUCCAGUCCGCGACGGGUACGCUUUGAAUUUGAGGGCGAAGUUGUGUUGCCCACCUCAUCUCCAACUUCAAGUGGCGUCGCUUCGUCGUCUCCACCGCCUGAGUUAGCCAGGGAAGAAUCGCCUGUUCCACUCGAUGAGUCACCCCCGACGGCCAAGCCAGCAGCGCCAUCUCCGCCACGCUCACCCUCAUCAAGAUCUCUGCUAGACGACCAAGACGAUUGUUUGCCGCCGCCUAAAAAAGUGUCAUCAUCUCAGGCACUGAGGGCACUAUCCAAACUACCCCUGGAGGACCCCUCGACGUGGACCGUGGUCAACGCCAAUUCAGAGCCGGUUGCGGCUGAGGACAACCAGGCAACCGCACAUCCCGACGCCGCCACCACCAACUUUGCCACUUAUAUGUCGCCCCCUUCUCACAUUGAAGAAGUCGGAAAGCAGCCCCUGGGUGCAGCGCAACUCGGCUCGCCUUUGCAGGACCUCGAGGAGUAUUACGAUGAUUCUAGCGAAUCCGAGGACGACUUCGUCUCUAUGCCCAUCCGGCCUAUCCGAAAAAAGUCUAUCUCCCCAGACGCUAGAAUGCAUUCACUAAACCCACUCGAAUCGCAACCGACCCAAACAAGAAACCCAGAACCGGGCCUUGGCGAAGAUAUCGAACCCAGCAGCCAGGACGAUAGCAUGAAAUCGACACGUCCGACGGCAAGCAAACUGGACGCAAAGUCGAGCGAGCACCAAGCCAACGCCGCCACCACUACCGAAACUCGCAAUGCCGAUGGAGAGCUGGACGGUGAUGAACUCUUCGACAUGGAGGAGGACAUGUACGCAAAACGGGAUAGCCAGCCUUAUAUCGACCAUGAGGAUGAGUCCGAUGUAGAAGCGGAGACAGAGACCAUAGAAGAUGCAGAGAGAGAAGGCAUUCCUAUGGAGAAGCCGCCGCAAUCACCCAGCCUAUUUGUCGCUCCGAAACCGCAGAGCGUCAGCUUGACGCCACCCAAUGUCUCGGCCGGCUCGUACAAGGGCCGACCGGUCUCGUUCGACGUUGUCAAAGAUCACAGGCUGCUACACAGGGCGGCUGAGCUCGGCGAUUUGCACACCUUUGUCGGCAGCAUCGACGGCCGGAGCGGCGUAGAUGGCAUCGACCCCAGUAGCUAUCGAGGCGCCAGUUUCCGGGGUGCGAGCAGUCUUUCUGGGCUGGCUUUUUCAGGUGCCCCAAGGAGCUUAUCUGAGAGAAUGUUUCUCGAAGACCUGGCCGAGGAGGGCGGCUCAUUGCCAAAACGCUAA